CUACUUCCUCAGCAACAUCUGAGCAAAGCCCCAACAGGUUUCCAUUCUAUAUCGUAAUGGCGGCAGUUCCCGGGCAGCUGGUGUGGGAGAUUGUAAAGAAGAACAAUUGUUUCUUGGUCAAGGAGUUCGGUAAUGGCACCGCUGGCGUUGUCUUCAGCAAGGAACCAAACAAUCUCUACAAUCUUCACUCUUACAAGCACUCUGGGUUAGCAAACAAGAAAACUGUGACAAUUCAAGGGGGGAAAGAUCAAACUGUUCUCCUGGCCACAACCAAGACCAAGAAGCAGAACAAACCUGCUAAUUUGCUAAACAAAUCUGUCAUGAAGAAGGAAUUUCACCGCAUGGCCAAGGCUGUCACCAAUCAGGUUGCUGAUAACUAUUACAGACCGGACUUGAAGAAGGCAGUUCUGGCAAGGUUGAGUGCCGUUAACAGAAGCCUUAAGGUUGUCAAAUCCGGCCCCAAGAAGAAGAAUAGGCAGGC